AUGGCUACUACACCUGCCACCCGGCCCACACGGACAAGCCACCGAGCCGCCAAGUUACUCCUCCCCCCCCCCAGCCCACACGAACAAGCCACCGAGCCGCCAAGUUACUCCCCCCCAGCCCACACGGACAAGCCACCGAGCCGCCAAGUUACUCCCCCCCCAGCCCACACGGACAAGCCACCGAGCCGCCAAGUUACUCCCCCCCCCAGCCCACACGGACAAGCCACCGAGCCGCCAAGUUACUCCCCCCACAGCCCACACGGACAAGCCACCGAGCCGCCAAGUUACUCCCCCCCCCAGCCCACACGGACAAGCCACCGAGCCGCCAAGUUACUCCCUCCCAGCCCACACGGACAAGCCACCGAGCCGCCAAGUUACUCCCCCCCCAGCCCACACGGACAAGCCACCGAGCCGCCAAGUUACUCCCCCCCCAGCCCACACGGACAAGCCACCGAGCCGCCAAGUUACUCCCCCCCAGCCCACACGGACAAGCCACCGAGCCGCCAAGUUACUCCCCCCCAGCCCACACGGACAAGCCACCGAGCCGCCAAGUUACUCCCCCCAGCCCACACAGACAAGCCACCGAGCCGCCAAGGAGACACCACGGACCCCGGCAAGCUGAUGGGGAAGUUCCUGAACCAGGCCUGGUCUCCAUUGCAGGAUGGUAUGCACUUUGAACUUCACCAUCUCCGGACCCCGGAACUCGUAGUGACCCACUGGCGCCGAGACUGCUACAGACAAGCGAUCCUGUUACGCGAGAUGGAUAGCCAGACCAUCCACAGAAUCCUCAAGGCUAUCUUCGGCGUCGGUUACCACUAG